CUUCAAACCAACAUCUAAUGAAGAAGCUAAUGAAAAAAAUCGUCGAACUGAACUUAAUAAUGUUGUUGGAGAUGAGAAAAAGAAAUGAUCAUUGUUCACGGAGGAUACCUUUCCGAAAGGAAGACGGUCGUCGUCUUCGAACCUGGUAUGAUCUCAAGACCACGUGUUCCACAAACACUCAUCUCUCUGAUUGUACUUUUUAUCCUCGCCCUCAACUCGCUUCUCAUUUUUUCCAGAGACAGCUUAUCCUCCAAACUACUUGCUCCUUGUUCCCUCCACCCAAAAUGUAUGGCUACAUUCCUUACUCGAUGCACAUCUAGCACCUACGAGGAAAAUUCAUAGGAGAGACAAACCUGCAUUUUUGACAGUUUUUGGACGCAUUAAUUUCUGCUUGAUAGAGUUUGUUCUACUUAUUUUCUCACCCUCUCAUAAUUGAUUUAUGUGCUACCUCCUGAAGAAGCGAAAUUUAGAAGAAAAGCAUAAUGGAGCGGUUUGUGUUGGGUCUGUCGGACUUGUCGGGCAACGAUGUUUCGUUGUGUGUCUUCGAGCCGUACAUAUUUUGGAGGGCAGUGGACGACAAGGAGGGCGAGCACACCAAAGACAACAGCAGCAAAACCAAGACCACAGCUAAACAGCAAGUUCCAACGGUUCGCUACAGUGAUGUGAAGAACAUUCUGUAUUUUCAAAGAGGCAUUCCAGUGCAGUUGGCGCACCUCCUGUACUCGAGACGCAAAGACGUUUUCUAUGGGUGGCCGGUGGUUGGUACUACAUCACCCCGAGAGCAAGCUGCAGAAGCUCCACAACAACUAAGGCCUCCUCCUCGUACUCCUGCAGGAGGUGUUUUACAAGAAUCACUUAAUGGUAAUGAAGAUAGUUGUAUUAGAAGUACUACAGAUAGAGAUGGACCACGUUUAGAAGAUGACGACGAAGAUGAGGCGCGUUUUAUUGUCGAUCCUGGACGUCAACUAGUCGAUGAGAAUCGGAUUUAUUUACGCGUGCGGGCGAUAGGGGAGUAUGACAGUCCGGAUCUCUGGGGGGUGCCCGAGUACGUCGAUCCGGUUGCCAUGUCACUUGUCUCUCAAAAAAUGAAAAACCGAAGAAAUAAAGCUGCGUCGAAGAAGAACAAAGCAUGGACGAGAUCACAGCCAGGACACUUGCGAAGCACGAAAAAUGGUCUCGUAAUGAAUAUUGCAACUGCAACAACUGGAGGCAAGAACAAGAGGAACAAUGACAAGAACUAUAGUGAAAUUGCAGGAACUUCUGGCUCUGGCACAGGACGCACCAGUACUACAGAGGAAUCUCACACGACAAAGCAUCAGCAACCACGAAAGUCCGAGGAAGAUGAUCAUUUUCGAUAUUCAACAACAGCAAACUAUCAUGAAUAUGAUCAUGGUCGUCCACUAACACCUACAAACUAUGAAUAUGAUGGUCCAGCACCCUUUCAGCUGAUAGUACGCGAAGUUUCCUUCGACACUUAUCCUGUGUGCUAUCCGUGGCCAGGACCUGCAUCCUCUGCUCAUAUCGUCCUCAACCGAAGUAGGAUGCAAAAGUGCUUACAAGAAAAUGAGGAUCUCACGGGUCGGCGACAUCUGGAGCGUGUGCUAGGACUAUACGACGCCGAAGAUUAAGGCUAGUACAUCACUAUCUCACUUCUCAGUCACGUGGAGUACAACGCCGAGGACGGGGUUCCCCUCAGAAGUCAAAAGAAAUCUGAGCGGAAAAAGGGCAACUCACUCCACCACGGAUAGUGAUUGCCUAGCGUUAAGAAAAGAACAACUACCGAAUGCGAUCCGUGAACUUUCUUUUUCACACUGGUGUUCUUGAUGACGGGUAUUUUCCCAUCCUUCUUUAUGACAGGUAUAUUGUACCGGAAAUCCUAGCAAAAAAUCUAGAGGAAGAAGAAGAGGCACAAGAAGAUCAUGCACCUGAUGCAAACAACGGAAACAACAACGGCGGGCUUUCCUUCCUCUCACUCGCACAGCCUAAAGUUAAGAAAGAAGUAUGUCUUAGAGGCGUGUUGAUUGAUAAUUUCACACGCACCCACGAGGACAUCGGCGUUCACAGACUGAUGCUUCUGUUACACGACUCUUUUUCACUAGCUACUAGGCACCUUAGUAAAUGUUAUAAAGGACGACAGGUCAAAUCUUUAGCCUUUCGCAGGUUCUUCUUUACGGAUGCCUUGCGUGCGUGGUUAUCCGCCUCUUCUAACAUCGAACGGCCAAUGCGCACUCCGUGGAAUGUAUGGCCCAACAGAGCUCACUUGUACUGCACCACGAGCAUGCUGCACGUCUGUCUCCACCAAGAUUUGCUCUGUAGAUUCAAAGACUUUCGGCAACGACCACAGCUCCAUGCUCCCUCAAGUAUUUGCAUGCCUACGCUUUGGCAAUACAGUUUAGAGGAGGAAGAAGGCGGUCCGCCGCGGCUAGGUGGGGCUUUGGGUGGAGGAGCUACAGUUAAGGCCUGGUCGCCAUCACGUUCACCUUCACGAUCACCAAUAUGAAUAUUCCAUAUCGUCCAUCCAAUAAGUGAUGAGGUUCUUUGGUACCUCGUACACGUUGAUCCCUGUAGUACCUGUACCACUUUAUGAAGAUGUUCUUGGAAUUUUGAAGAUACACGAGGACCUUGUUCUUCUAAGUACAACAAUACGAAUACAGAAGCAGCAAAUUCCACGACUACAGACGCAGCACUACGCACAGAACCGUGGCAAGAACAGGUUUUAUGGGGCGACCGGAACAGGGUAAGGAGUUCCUCCGAGGGAGAUCUUGCUACGACACGAUAUUCGUCGGUUGAGAACGCAGCAACCCAUGGUUACUGGGAAGACGGGUACCUCUUUCGAAUAUGGCGAAUGUCAUCCAGUUAAGGCCUGUAAUAACAUCAGAUCGUUUAGUUGAAAAAUUGGUCGUCCUCUUUCUUAAUGUAAAUCUUCAGAGAAAAAAUGAAAAUAGAUACAAUCGACAACGAGCACUAAUUUCCUUCAUCAUGAACAGAUUUGUUGUCAAAGAACAACAUAUGAUGUUUCAUAUUAUAAUAUGAAUAUUCUAAUCCAGUGAAAGACAAGAAUAUCAUGCUUCAUAAUAUGUAUUCUAAUUUAGUGGCAGCGUCGCUGGUCGUCAGGCUAUCGUCGCUGCAUUUCUGGUAAGCAAGGAGACCCCGCCACUGAUGGUGAACUACAUAGAUCGCUUACUAGGGAUCAGCCUGUUUUACGAACUUUGUGCCAAUAAUGCUCAGCUUGCGACGUUGCUCCUACGCAGAAGGGUCCGGAUCAUCCGAGAUUAUCUUCGUGUUGAGGAUGGCAGGAGCCACGACAAUGAAGAGGAGCAAGAUUAUUGGAGUGAUGAUGAAGAUUACCAUCACGGACGAGGCCGCGAUCUCGGCUAUAAUCUUGGUGCAGAUCAUUUUCUUGACGAAGGAACAGGUGCCCCAAGUGGCUCCCCAAGAAGUGGCUCAAGAGCUCGACAACAACGAGCUACGCCGUCAGACAUUUGGAUGCGGGUUUUGUCCAAGAGAGCUCGGCACAUAUGGGAAAACACAUUCGAAGACCCGAUACCUACGAUAACGACCGAAGUCGUCUGCCGUUCAGAAGAAGAGUACCUGAUAGUGACGUCACAGAUCGGACCGAAAGUGGAGCACGCUCACGUAGAACGCGAAGAUGACCCUAACACGACAGGAGCGACAGACGGACAUGCUGUACUUCAUCAAGAACAUCAUGCUGUUGAUAGUGCGACUCCAUCAUACUCGAAUGUUGAGACUUUCCACUUACUUUCCAGUGCAGCAUUGAAUCGGCAUGAUAAGUUCUGCAAGGCCUGUCUAGGCGUGCUGAAGCCGGGUCCGGGAGCACAGGAGCUGGGACUGGAAAUUCUGCGUACGCGACCCGACAUCACUGAUACCAUGCUGAAUGCUAAAAUUAAGGCUUCCCCUAAACCUAAUCCAUCUUUUUCAAAGACGUCGAUCCCGAAGAGUCCUUUUUUAAAGGGGAGAAGGCACCUACGAUCGAUGCGUCUCGAGAUGGAUUAGGGUGAGCUCUAAUAAAAGCAACGAAGGUCGGACUUGCUUCAGUCGCGCAUGUGAUCUCCGUAUGGGCAAGCUGGCGAUGGCUCUCGCGGAACAUCCUGAAUUCGAUACUGCCGUAACGCCGUUCUUCGAGUACUGGCGGGACAACAAGAGCUCGGUGGCUAGAUCGGGUUAUCAAAUCGCACGUUCGAAAGGCCUACAUAAAGUCUGCGCGAAAAUAGAUGCCAGAAAUAGACAAAGAACCGUUGAUCAACCUACAACGACACUCACUACAAAUUUCAAUUCAACAAAUCAAAGGAUUUGAUGGAUUUGAGACAGGUCCAUUAACGAAUAACCUGGUUGCGCGCACCUAGAUUACUACUAAGCAAAAACCUCCGCUGACAUUCCGAAUCCUGUUCCACAGGCU